AUGGAAUACCAAAAGACACAAGCCAAAGAUCUUCCAUGUAUUUUUGCUAACUUAGUCGAUCUAUACACAGAUAAGGGCUUGAAACCAUGUGCAACAAAGAACAAUCAAACAUGGCAUUAUGCUAGUAGUAAAGCAGCAGCUGAAAAACUACAAGCCUGUCAUAACUAUAUCCCUGAACUCAUUCAUGUUUCAUUAAAUUCUUAUUCUGUUUGUGAGGUACAUUAUAACCAAGUUAUAUCUACUAAUAGAUUUUAUGAAACUCUCUCAAAUUUAAAUGCAGGCAAAAUUGACACUCCUGUUUUUACUGAAGCAGAAUUUGCCAACAAUGAACCUGUUCCUAUAGAAGAAUUCCAAAGAAUAAAAAAUUUGUUGGAGUUAUGUGAACUGGAAUGUUGGAACAAAUCACAACUUAUUGUAGAACUUAAUAAUGAAAUAACACAACUAUCACAUCAAUUAGAAGAUCAAAAUCAUGAAAUAGAUGAUUUAAAAAAGAAAUUAAUUGAAGUACAGGAUCAAAACAAAGUUCCUUAUGAGCAGUGGAAUUAG